UUUCUCCGCAGCCGCUCCAAGCCCCUCCACUCGGGAACCUCUCGUUCGUUCCUCCCUCUCAGCCUCGGAACGCCCACCCCGGGACAGAGCAGGGUCUCCAGGGCACCCCAAAGUGGGGAGGGGAUCGGGACCAGGCUUGGGCACGUCCCUGCACGGCGGGAAGUGGUAUGUUCCGAAUAAGUGUGAAUAAAUGUAUAUCCAUAUAUAUCGAACGCCGGGGAACCAUUUGGGAACCAGACGGACGAGAAGACCCCAGCCCUUAGGAGGCCGGUUAUGUCCCAACGGAGCGAAGUGCAGUAGGGAAGCAGCUGCAUUGUUGAGAAACAUUGUAACGAGGAGGCGGGACCCAGAAGGAAUUAGAGAAAGUGAGUUUGAAACUUAGACCAGUUAUAGCGCAGAAAGGUAACGGAGGAAAGGCAUUCCUGGGAAAAUGAGAUGCUUUUGUAAAGUCCCUGAUAACGAGAAGGAUCAUGGUGUAUUCUGGGAACGGAAAGAAGACGGGAUGUCUGAAACCCAGGGAGAAAUGAGAGGUGGAGGGGUAGGCAUGGACUAGACUAGAUCAUAAAGGGCAUGGUAGGUCUGUAAGGAUUUGGGACUGUUAUCUUAAGAAUAAUGGAGGGACUUCCCUGGUGGCGCAGUGGUUAAGAAUCCACCUGCCAGUGUAGGGGACACGGGUUCGAGCCCUAGCCCGGGAAGAUCCCACAUGCCUCAGAGCAGCUAAGCCUGUGCGCCACAACUACUGAAGUCUGCGCUCCUAGAGCCCGUGCUCUGCAACAAGAGAAGCCACGGCAAUGAGAAGCCCGCGCACCGCAACGAAGAGUAGCCCCCGCUCGCGCAACUAGAGAAAGCCCACGCGCAGCAACGAAGACCCAACGCAGCCAAAAAUAAAAUAAAAUAAAUAAAUUUAUAAAGAAUAAUGGAGAAGCCAUAAGAAGGUUUUAGUGGGAAGUGACUGUAUAUUUAAAACGUGGUGCUGAGUUCAAGAGACCAGAAGGAGAAGCAUACAAGGUAUUUACAAAAAGAAAGAAAGAAACUAAUGGAAGUUUCCCUAUAGGAGUAAAAUGGAAGGAGAAUCAAGCAGAUUGGAAACCCACACUCCAGUUUUCAUCAAGAAAAAGACUAAGCAUUCUGUGCGUAAGGAGAGACAUGGGAGGCAUCCCCAUGAAAGUUUCAGAGACUCCCCCCAGGCAAAUGAACAGGCUGACAUAACUAAGGGUAAAAAAAAGAGAAAGGAUGCCCAGCAUCUUGUUUCUUCUCCUUUGAAAAAAUCAGAAAUUUGCGAUGAGACUGAAAAGGCUACUUCUAUACCCAAAAAGAAUAAAAAGAGAAGAAAAGGUGCUUUGGGAGUCGAUGAGGAAACAGGUAUUGCGUACGUCCUGGUGGAUAAGGAAAACGUUGAGAACACACCAAAGAAUUUUAGAAAGGAUGUCGAUGUCGUUUACAUUGAUGUAAGCAAGGAGCAAAAGCCAACAAAAGGGCCUGAAGCAGAUGAACCGCAUUCAGUUACCAAGUCACGUGAAAAUGCGUCAGAGCUGCAUGAUGAAGUUCGGGAGAAAAAGCAUAAAAAGCAUCGGAGGAAAGUUGCAUCCUGUGAUGCUGCCCAGGAAAGUCUGGGUGCAAGCGUCAUCCUGCCCGGAUCAGAAUCCCAAGAGCAGGAACCCCAGCCUCCCAUGGGCCAAGCAGGUGAAAUUGCACAACUACCAGUGUCUGCAGGUCACAGCAAGUCUAAGAAAAGAAAGAGGAAGCGUCCAAGUGACCAGGAAUUCGAGGCCUUGCCUGCGCCUGAGAGCGCUGAGAACAUAGACUCAGAGGGACCGCAGGGGCUCGGUGAGGUCGGGACCGCAGGGGGCAAUCAGGAAUCCAGUGGCCUCAAGAAAAAGUCGAAGAAAAGGAAGAAGAGAUCUUUUGUUGAUGCUGCCGUGGCACCUGGCGGUGAUUUUUCAGUGCUCAGGACGAGCUCUGAGGACACGCUCUUUGAUUCAGUGGAAGGUAAUGGUACCUUGGUUGAAGAAAGUGCGAAACCCAGGCCACGAGAGGAGAAACCCCAGGCCUGUUCGGAAGAGGUGCAGAGGUUAGAACCUACAAAUGAAGAAGAAAGCAAUUUGGAGUCGGCUAAAGAUCCUGAAACCAAAUAUUUAUCUGAAGAUUCGAGAGAUUCAGAUAAUUCAGACGUGGAUUUGGAUUCCGCUGUGAGGCAGCUCCAGGAGUUCAUCCCUGAUAUCAAGGAGAGGGCUGCCACUACAAUUAGGCGAAUGUAUCGGGAUGACUUGGGGCGCUUUAAAGAAUUUAAAGCCCAGGGUGUCGCUAUUAAAUUUGGCAAGUUUUCCGUGAAGGAAAAUAAGCAGUUAGAGAAAAACGUGCAAGAAUUUCUGUCUCUCACAGGAAUCGGGAAUGCAGACAAGCUGCUGCACGCCGACAGAUACCCAGAGGAGAAAUCUCUAAUCACCGACUUGAAAAGAAAAUACUCGUUUCGAUUGCACAUCGGUAAGGGCAUUGCCCGGCCCUGGAAGCUCGUGUACUAUCGAGCAAAGAAGAUGUUUGAUGUCAACAAUUACAAAGGCAGGUAUAGCAAAGGAGAUACCGAGAAGCUAAAGAUAUACCAGUCCCUCCAUGGAAACGACUGGAAAAAGAUUGGCGAGAUGGUGUCUCGAAGUAGCCUCUCUGUGGCCCUGAAGUUCUCCCAGAUCAGCAGUCAAAGAAAUCAUGGUGCUUGGAGCAAGACGGAGACCCAGAAACUAAUCAAGGCUGUUGAAGAAGUGAUUCUAAAGAAAAUGUCUCCCCAGGAGCUAAAUGAGAUGGAUUCUAAACUCCAAAAGAAUCCUGAAGGCCGCCUGUCCAUUGUUCGGGAAAAACUCUACAAAGGCAUAUCCUGGGUAGAAGUGGAGGCUAAAGUGGAAACCAGGAAUUGGAUGCAGUGUAAAAGUAAGUGGACGGAAAUUCUAACCAAGAGGAUGACAAAUGGUCAGGACGUAUACCGGGGAGCUAAUGCCCUGCAGGCCAAGAUCAACCUCAUUGAAAGGUUGUAUGAAAUAAAUGUGGAAGAUGUUAAUGAAAUAGACUGGGAAGAUCUUGCUAGCACCAUAGGUUCUCAUCCAAGGGGUGAGAUUUCAUCAGUUGUCGCUGUCUCCCUUCAUCGCCACGGUCCUUGCAUUUUCACUCAGUUCCUGCCACUGGAGGAGAGGCCACCGCUCUGAAGACCUGAAUUCACUGCUAGCCAAGCAAUGGAGAGCUGGCUGGCAAAGCACAGUCCCUCUAAGCAACGCAAAUUGUUGAGCAUCGCGGGGCUCGGGGGUUGGUGGGCUCUGGGAGGUGGGGAUGUUGGGGGACUGUCUGGCCUUUAGUUUGGGAAGGGUGCUGAGGGCAACAGGGCUGCCGCAGCCUGGCUGCCUUUCAGAAACGUGGCUGCUGGCGUGAGGUUGUCACUGAUCCAUUAAGAAGGGUGUAAACUGGUUCUGCUGGCUAGUUAUUUACACCUCGGGAUUAUGGACAAAGAACAGUCAGUCUUUUUUUUUUUUAACUUGGAGAAUUGGAAUCUUUUCGUGGCAGGCCCCGUUGGGAGUCACAGACACAUGCCCGUGGUUCCAAACCCUUUCCUCUUCUAGCUCGUCUCAGGGGUAGGGCACCAGCUCUUGGGUUUGUGGGUCCCUGAGAGGGGAGGGUGUUAGUGGCUUUGAAGGAAGGGUGUCCUGCUGUGUACCCCACCAACUCCCAUCCUAAGAAGUACUCAGGUCGACAGGUCCCUCCCUUUGUAAUAUCAAACCGCUUUUGAAAAAUCUGACUUUUCCAAUAAAUGUUUGUGUAUCUUGUGACAUUGCCUCAGAUCACAUUUCUUAAAUUAAAGUGGGUUUUUAAUGAUUUUAAGUAGAAUUAUAUACUUAAAUAUUGAUUGUUCCGGUUAAGGUUUAGCAAUCUCAAAGCUGUAAAACAGACAUCAUGGCAUCCAGUCAAAUACCAUUGGAAAUAGUACAUCCUCAAAGUUUUAAUAAUGAACUAAAACAGUGAAAAGAAUUACAUUAAAAGUUCGGUCUCUUCAGGUUCUUUAAGCCUCCCUUGUGAAUUAUUUAGGCAGGAUUUUAAAGAAAGCGUCUCCACCUAAUGAGAUGUAACGCCUACUUUGUUUGGAAAUGCCCGGAUCAGUUACUGUUACUUCUUGAAGCCUGAGCUUUGAUCUGCAGAACAACCUGGGCGCAGGGCGCCGUGGGAAGAGGAAAGGCAUAGAUGCCCUGGAACUUGGUCUUUGCAGUCAGAUGGACCGGGCGUCAAGUCCUGGGACUCAGCUCAUAAUUUAGCCGGCCUGGGGCAGGUCAUUCCCUCACUUGCCUCUGCGGCGUGGUUUCCUCAUCUGCGAAGUGGUUUAACAGGGCCGUGAUGAGGACGACAGUAAGGAGGCAGUGCGUGGCACGCGGUGCACAUGCAGCGCGCAGCUGCUGCCGUGAAGAGGUAGAGAGAGCCCAGCCGUCUUGUGCUUCCACAUACGUAGCAGAUCCAAUUAUUCCCACUAAUCAUAUAACAACUAAUUAACUACUGAAACAAAUAUGCCACGCUUUUAUGGCUUAGGAAGUGAGUGCCCAGGAAGUGAAGUUAGUGAUUUUCACUUUACAACAAUAUUUAAGAUGUGGUUGUUUCCGUCCUCCUUAUUGCAAAUGGAAAAUGGAUUUGACUCACCAGAAUAUCGUAAGCAUCCACUUUAUUUAGCUUUGUAAAGUAAAAAAAUCCAGACCCCUGCCUUUGCAUUGUGACAGAUAUGUAGUUAUCCUAAAUGUAGUGGUUAAGAGUGUAGGGUCUGUGAAAUGUUGCCAUUGGCAGCAACAUGGAUGGACCUAGAGGUGAUCAUACUAAGUGAAGUAAGCCACACAGAGAAAGACAGAUACCAUAUGAUAUCAAUUUUAUGUGGAAUCUUAAAAAACGGAUACAAAUGAACUUAUUUACAAAACACAAAUAGACUCACAGACAUAGAGAACGGACUUACGGUUACCAAAGGGUUAGCGGGAGGGAGGUAGGGGGAUAAAUUAGGAGUCUUGGAUUAACAUAUACACACUACUGUAUAUGAAACACAUAAACAAUAAGGACCUACUGUAUGGCACAGGGAACUAUACUCGAUAUCUUGUAAUAAUCUAUAAUGGAAAAAAAUCUGAAAAAAUAAUAUACAUAUAUGUGUAUAACUGAAUCUUUCUGCUGUACCCUUGAAACUAACACAACGUUAUAAAUUAACUAUACUUCCAUAUAAAAAAACCGAUAUCAAAAAAAAAAAGAAAAAAGUAGAAUUUGGAGUGGACCCAAUUGAAGUCCCAGCCCUUCCCUAUUCACUGUAAGAUCUUGGCCAUCUUCUCUCGGUUUCCCCAGCUCCGAAACGAGGGAUAAGCAUAGGAGCCCCCUCGCAGAGUGGUCGUGAGGGUUAUUUGUUGCUCUGCGGAGAGCCCUCAGGGUGGUGCUGAAGACCACGUUAGCAUCAGCCCCUGUUAGCUAGUGUUACACCUUGUCUUCCCAACUGGUAGUUUAGAUUAUUCUAGUUUAGACAGAAUCCGUCUUGCUGUACUGCUGUUUUUCUUCCUGUUGUGUGUGUGUGUUUAACCAGAUGAACAAUAGCUUUUCAUGUGUGUCUUAUUUUUCUCACAUGUGUAGACAUGAGGAUUAAGAAAGCUAUUUAGGUCUGUAGACCACCCCUCAGUCAAUGCACUUAGUACACAGGACUGAAAUGAUUAAUUUUUAAACUGCCACUAACUUUCUGACACCUUUUCCUU